UUAGAAACUUGCCUUGCCUACGUCACUGGCAGGACAACUGGCUUCAAACACACUUUGGUCUGCAGCGCAUGGAGCCGUUAGGAGCCGGACCACGCAAACCAAAGCGCAAAUGCUUCUUCCAUCGCGCGUUCGCGUUUGAAACGCCAUCUUUACACGCGUAGGGAGGCAUGAAGCGCAAGAGCGAGCGACGGAGCGAGUCGAGGAAAAGACUCCGCGCGUCUCUGAGGGAGCAGACGGAGUCCAAGAGCGAUAUUUACCUUCGUAUCACAGAUCAGCUGUAUUUCGCUCUUCUUCAUCAGAAGCUGAAGAGCAGUCCUGACAGACACUGUUUCUGCAUCGAUGAAGAGCUUUCCUAUGAGAACUUCUAUGCGGACUUCGGCCCGCUCAACCUGGCCAUGUUUUAUCGCUUCUGUUGCAAACUCAACAAGAAGCUGAAGUCUUGUGCUCUUGCAAAGAAGACAAUUGUGUUUUAUACCUGUGGUGACCGAAAGAAACAAGCCAAUGCUGCGUAUUUGAUCGGCUCUUAUGCUGUAAUGCAUCUACAGAAAACGCCAGAAGAAGCGUACAGCCUUCUGGUUUCCCAAAAUGGAUCUUACCUUCCGUUUCGAGACGCAUCUUUUGGAGCUUGCAUGUACAAUCUGAGUAUCCUUGACUGUCUGCGGGCCGUUCACAAGGCUCUCCAGUUUGGCUGGCUGGAUUUCUCAAAGUUCAAUGUGGAGGAAUAUGAACAUUAUGAGCGGGCAGAAAAUGGAGAUUUCAACUGGAUAAUUCCAGGAAAGUUUUUGGCUUUUAGCGGCCCUCAUCCAAAUAGUAAAAUUGAGAAUGGAUACCCUCUUCAUGCCCCUGAAGCGUAUUUCCCCUACUUCAGGAAGCACAACGUCACCACCAUCAUCCGGCUCAACAAGAAGAUGUACGACGCCAAGCGUUUCACAGACAUGGGCUUCAAGCACCAUGACCUGUUCUUUGUAGACGGCAGUACGCCCAACGAUGCCAUCAUCACCAAAUUCCUGAACAUCUGCGAGAAUGCAGACGGAGCCAUUGCGGUCCACUGCAAAGCCGGACUGGGCCGAACGGGGACACUGAUUGGCUGUUAUAUGAUGAAACAAUUCAGACUGACGGCAGCUGAAGCCAUCGCAUGGAUCAGGAUCUGCAGACCCGGUUCGAUCAUCGGACCUCAGCAGAACUUCAUCGACGAAAAGCAGGCGAGUCUGUGGGCAGAAGGGGAUUUGUACCGGCAAAAAAUAAAUGAGCAGGAAAACGGCUCGAGUAAAACACUAGUGGCUGGAAUCCUAUCAGGAGUGGAAGAUAUUUCCAUUAAUGGUACAAACAAGAACAUUUCACAGAGAAAAACAGUCUCUGAGAUGCACUCUGAGGAAGAGGAGUGCGGAGGACUCACACAAGGCGACAAAUUGAGAGCUCUGAAGAGUAAGAGGCAGUCCAGAGCAUCCACGGGUUCAAUAUCGUUAGAAGAGAAUACUAUUCACACCAAAUCAACACCAAAUUCAUUAAGCUCAGAUAAAAGGAAAAGAACUCGGGCCUCCCUUGGAUCCAGCAGGACCAGUAGCCCUUUACAUUCAAGACUCGCUAAAUCUUUAGGCAGCUUGCACGUAACAGCCUGUGAAAAGGAUCAGGUGUUUUCUGGCUCAGUGGCCAACAAUAAUUUCAUCAAGCAGUCAAACUUAAAGCACUUAAGCCCAGUGAACAGUCAGCCGCACGCGGCCCAGAGAUCACUGCAGCUCUAUGGCCUCGGCUCAUAACUCCAUCUCCAAAGCUCGAGUUCCUCUCCUCCGCUGAAACCCGCAGAGGAUCCAGUCAAGAACAACAUCUCUGCUCUGAUUUCACUCGAGCGUUACUCCUUGUCUAAGCGAUCUACUAUAAACCAUAUUCAAACUGUGUUUACUGAGAAAUCAGCAGAUGUUAACCAUUUUUAUUUUGAUCAAGAGAAUGCAAUGAGUUUAUUUUUAAGCAUCUGUGAAGUUUGACUUUUUAUGCCAUUGUAAACAUCAUGAGUGUUGGAAGCUGCCUUUGCCAUUAUGCAUUGUUACUAAACCUGUAAUAUUGUGUUUUUUAAUACUGUAGUUAGUACUUUAUUAAUACUUACAGAAGUGUGACAGACUGUAAAUAACCCAAUGUGAAUCAUAUUGUGCUAAUCGUGACUGAAAGCUGUAUAUAGGCUGGAGUUUGAUAGACUAAAAGAACUGUUUGUUUUUUUUUUUUUUUUACUGUAAAUAAUGCAUACCUUUAUUUUGAUGAUCAAAUUUAAAUCAUGAUUAUUUCACAUAUAAUAGGAAAGGAUUUGAGUCAUAUCCCUUUUAAUAAAUCCUUUCUGCUAUUGCAAA